UCCUCUUCUGUUUUCUCUUUGCAGCCCCCUUCCCAAGCUUGUGUUCAACAGGGUCAAUGGAAAAAGACCCCCGUUGAUGAUCUCGCCCCCCACAACCACAGAAGAAAACUACACCGUAGCUCACGAAGAAAAUGUCCGGUUUGUGUACGAAGCUUGGCAACAAGUGGAACAGCAGUUGGACAGUCGACAGCAGGGAGAUGGUGGAUCUGGCCCAGUACAAUACACAGAGAAAACACCCAGCCCUGAGUUGAAAGAUUUUGUUCCCAUUGACCUCGAAGACUGGUGGGGUCAACAGUUCCUGGCCAAAAUCAAGAAUGGCUCUUAAGGAGAAAGGCGGGAGGGGCCGCUUUACAAGAGAAAUUUUCAAUUUCACUCUUAAGAAAACGCAGACGCAUUGGAGUGCAGCCAGGACUGGACAAAUAAAGGGGGGAGAGAGAUGUUGGCUGCUCAGAUAGCCUUGGAAAUGCUGAAGUGUCCCACUUCCCGGAAGAAGCCUGCAGCAUUGUGGGAAUGCUGGGGUGUCCAGGGAGGGGUGGAUGAAGGGGGCAUUCUUCUCCUGCCUUGGGCCUGGCACCCAGCACCGAGUCCAUUUUGGCCCCGGAGCCUAGACUGUGUUCACAAUAAACACCGCUGGUCCUGCCAGUGGCACAAAUGCA